UUUCCAGUGAUAGCAACGGCUAGUUAGCUUGUAGCAGCUAGCGCCUUAGCGUUAGCCCCUCAGGUAAACACACAGCCUGACAGGGAGAGGACGGCUCACAGUCGCUGUGCUUUCAGAAAGGCUGUCUGCUAUAAGUGGCAGGCAGCCCCGGGAUUACACUGUUAACGCUAAGUUAAUACGAUGAGCCCAGGAUAUCUUCACUGUCAACACCGUGCUGAAAUUAGCUCCACACAUGCAAUGUCGAUAGUAAAUUAUGCGUUUAGAUUAUGAGUAACGUCCCUCAACAACGAAUUUCUACAUCACAACAAACACAGUAAAUAGAAGCAGUUGCCCUGCCAAACAAGCGGACUCCUUUUUGAAGAAUUAAACCCCAUCCAGACCUGUGUCUUGUAUCCAGAUAUAUCCACAGUGUGUCCAUUCCUACUAGUUGGUUGAGAUCCUGGGUGACCAACAUAAACCUCCUCCAGAUACGCCCUCCUGAAGAAGCUUCUUACUAGAAAGGAAAAAAAUAAGCUGGGGAUUGUGAGCCAGUCUGUCCAUCUGGGGAUGGGGGGGUCUUGGAGUUGUGCUGUUCCUUGUCACCUUUGGACCCUUUGCCAUAUUCUACCUGGCCUUUUAUAUCUUCUGCUUCAUUGUAGGGGGCUUUGCGGUCACUCUGCUCUAUGGAAAGAUCAACUCAGAGAAACACCUGGAAAAGUGCGAGCACUCUUACUUGCCUCCCACACAAAUUGGUAUACUAAAGACAUUGGAUGAGAUGAAGCUGGAGAUGAAGCCUAUAAAGAUUGACAGGAGACUGACUGGCUCUAGUUUCAUAGAUGAACCACUACAACAGGUGAUCCAGUUUGCUCUGAGAGAUUACAUCCAGUACUGGUACUACACUCUGAGCGAGGAUGAGUCCUUCUUAUUGGAGAUCAGACAGACGCUGCAGAAUGCCCUCGUCCAAUUCUCUACACGGUCCAAAGAGGUGGACUGGCAGCCUUACUUCACCACUCGCCUGGUGGACGACUUUGCCACCCAUUUACGUGUCUUUAGAAAAGCCCAGGAUCGCCUCGCUGAGAGAGAGGACAAGCAAAGGGACAUAACAGAGGAGCUGGUGGACUCCUUCUUUGAGGCCGAGGUGGAGAUGGAAAGAAAGAUUUGUCGAGAUGUAGUGUGCACUUCACACAAAGACGAAGAAGGUUUUCUUCGGGACUUGUGUGAGUUGCUUCUGUAUCUGUUACUACCUCCUGGAGAUUUCCACAACAAGAACAUGAGAUACUUUUUAAGGGAGGUGUUGGCACGUGGUGUGCUACUUCCUCUGAUCAACCAGCUCAGCGAUCCAGACUACAUCAACCAGUUUGUCAUCUGGAUGAUACAGGAUUCCAGCUGUAAUUAUGAAGCCUUCAUGAACAUCCUGAAGCUGACGGACAAGCCUGCUGAGCUGGAGGCUGUGAAGGACAAGGUGCUGGAGGAGCUGCAGUACCUCCGCUCCCUGGACACCGCUGGAGAUGACAUCAAUGUGAUCAAGAACCAGAUUAACAGUCUUCUGUUUGUGAAGAAGGUGUGUGAGACCAGGAUCCAGAGGCUACACUCUGGCAAGGAGGUGGAUGCCUUGAAGCUGGCGGCCAACUUUGGCAAGCUGUGUGUUAUCCCACUGGAUCACAUCCUCAUCCACAACAUAGCCCUGCAGUUCUUCAUGGACUUCAUGCAGGCAGCGGGGGCCCAGGCAGAGCUGUUCUUCUGGCUCACUGUGGAGGGCUACAGGGUGACUGCACAGCAGCAGCUGGAGGCCAUGCAGAGCUGGCAGAAAGAUGGCAAGAAGCAGCCCAGUGCCACCAAGGGGCUGCUGAAGGCCGCUGCACUGGGUGUCUACGAACAAUACCUCUCGGACAAGGCUUCUCCCAGAGUGCAGGUGGACGAAGCAUCCGUAACAACACUAGGGGAGAAGCUGCAGAAAGAUGACCCCACACCAGAGAUAUUUGAUGAAAUCCAGAGAAAUGUGUACGACAUGAUGCUACGUGAUGAGCGCUACUACCCCUCCUUCAAGCAGAGUCCUCUCUAUGUCCGCAUGCUCGCAGAGUUGGACAUGUUGAAAGAGCCGAGCUACCGGGGGUCCGAUGACGGUGAUGGAGAAUCCUUCAACGGCUCUCCCACAGGAAGCAUAAACCUAUCUUUGGACGAUUUGUCCAACUCCUGCCAUGAUGAAUCUAUGCACCUACAUGCCUUCAUCUCUGACACAGCUGACGCUUGUCUCCCCGGCUUCUGGGGUGCUGCAGGGGUGUGCAACGACCACGGUAAGACCUACGCGCUGUACGCCAUCACUGUGUUCAGACGCAGCCACGAUGGCAGCGAGGACUGCUGGAAGACCUAUCGCCGCUACUCAGACUUCCACGACUUCCAUAUGAGGAUCACUGAACAGGUGUGUGUCUCUCAGUUUGAGAACCUGGCGUCGAUUCUCAAGCUGCCAGGGAAGAAGACUUUCAACAACAUGGACAGAGACUUCUUGGAGAAGAGAAAAAAAGACCUCAAUGCUUACCUGCAGUUGCUGCUGAACCCAGAGAUGGUGAAGGCCUGUCCAACUCUGAUUCCUUACGUCUAUGACUUCCUAGAGAACAAAGCCUACAGCAAGGGCAAGGGAGAGUUUGCACGCAAGGUAGACACAUUUGUAAAUCCUCUGAGGAGCUCCAUGAGAAAUGUGUCCAACGCGGUGAAGUCCCUGCCAGACAGUCUGGCUGAGGGCAUGACCAAGGUCUCUGAUAACAUGGGCCGCAUGUCAGAAAGACUAGGUCAGGACAUUAAACAGUCCAUACUCAAGGUGCCUCCACUCCUCCCCAAGACUGACAUCGACCCUGAACACUGUCGAGUCUCUGCUCAGCUUGAUGACAAUGUGGAUGAUAACAUCCCACUUAGGGUAAUGCUGCUGCUGAUGGACGAAGUGUUUGACCUGAAGGAGAAAAACCAGUGGCUGCGCAGGAACAUUAAGAACCUUCUGCAGCAGCUCAUCCGGGCCACGUAUGGAGACACCAUCAACAGGAAAAUUGUGGAUCAUGUGGACUAUAUGACCUCACCUGAGCAGGUUGCAGACUAUGUCAAGAAGUUCAGGGAUUCCUACUGGCCCAACGGUAUUCUGGCCGAGACGCUGCCCCGUCGCGACAAGAGCAUCCGCAUGAGGACACGAAUAGCUGCCAAGACCAGUCUGCUGGGCAUCAUGCCAGACGAGAUGAAGCACAUCAUCGGAGCGGACACCACGAGAAAGGGCAUUCUCCGGGUCUUCGACAUGUUUCAGUACCAACCCAUGAACCGCCGGCUAGUCUACGUUUUCCUGGAGGGCUUCUUGGAGACGAUGUUCCCCCAGUACAAAUUCCCCGAACUCUUUGUCAAGCUGCACUCCCGCUCGCCACGCAUCCACAGAUAUAGCCAGAAACUCAAAUCUUCCUCCCUCAAGAGGUGACAGGAGAGGACACAGGCAACGGGACAUGGGCCGACUAGACACACACAGACUUGAGAGCUAAGAGUGAGAGUGUGGGGGGGGACGUGAGCGUUGAGGUAUGUGUGUGAUUUCUGCUCGUCUACUUCCCUCACUCUUUUCAGUGAAAACACUCCAAUUAUCCAUCUGAUUAUUUCUGUCAAGACAGAACUGAAGGAUGAACACACACUCUGCCCUCCUCUCACUCUGUGACACACACACAAACACAAAUCCUGUAAUUUGCACCAAGACUGGACAUGGCAGUCUUUUCUUUUAGUUUGGAUAGUUUCCUCCUGCUUUUCUUUUUGGGACUUUUUAGUUGUGUUUUGCUUUAUCAUGGGCCAGUCAAUGCUGCUUUCUCCUGGUCCAGACUCCAGAGAGCAGACCUUACUGUAUUGUUUUAAACUGCAGUAGAUAGCAUAGACCCACACCUUGCCUUACCUUCCCGCUUCUGUCUUUUGGACUGGCACGCCCCACCAUCUCAGUGACCUGGCCACUCAGCCGUAGUCAAACUCUCGUGCUGUAGACAUUUUAUCUGCAACAGCUGCACACUUGCAAACAAUAUUUUUCAUAGCAACCAAAUAUGUCAAUAGCACUGGGUUAAAAAGGCGCUGUUUUUAAAAUGUGACCGAACAAAUAUGGGUCGAAAGAGAACAUUUUGAUUUUUAUUAUCUGCAUUUGUUCCAGUCUCUCGCUCUCUCUCUCUCUUGCUUUCUUUCUUUCUUUCACAAAAUGUUUUGUUUUUUUUCCUUUACAAAGUGUUACAUCGUCUGUGUACCACCCACGAUCCUGAAAGAAUAGCUCCACACCACCUUUAAUGCUACGGUCAUAACCUGUGACGACCAAAGCUCAUGCUGUUCCAUACGUGUGUGUGUGUGUGUGUGUGUGUGUGUGUGUGUGUGUGUGUGUGUGUGUGUGUGUGUGCAGGGGUUUGGUGUAGGGAUACUCUGAACAUUACUGUGCUUCAUAUCCUUAAUCAUGUGAGGAAAGAGAAUGCAAAGGUGACCUUUAACAACCUAAAAGGUGAGGCUGUGAGGACACACUGAAGUGUGUUACAGUUGUGGGAGGCUCAGCUCUAGCUGUCCAAACGCCGUAUCAAAGAAUGUACUGGUCUAGUGUAUUUGGCUCGUGUACACUUUUGUGUGUGUGUGUGCGUGUGUGUGUGUGUGUGUGUGUGUGUGUUUUGCACGAAGAUUCAACCCUCUUCAGUCAGAAACUGUGCCAGUGUGAGCUAGUGAACCAGCCUUAAAACUAUAUACAGUAUAUACUGACCAAGAGACGCACGCUAGAGGUAGCUCUCCUUCACGCGACAACAAAAUCAAGAUAGAGAUAUGGAGAUAUAUCCCUAUUCACUUUUAUCCAGAGAAAAUGUCUUUAAUUUUGUGCAAUAUAUUUCUUUUCUUUAAUGCAUGUGCAUUUUGAAUCAUUGUAUACUGAAAAAGUAAUUCAUAUCGUUUUAAUAGUAGGUAACGUGAAAGAAGCUUCCCCAGAAAUGUCUUCUUGUUCCAACAACUUAACAUUCCGUUGUUGUAAAAGUACAAUGUUUAUUUUACAGACUUGUUUUAUAAGUCUGAGUUUUUUUGCGUUUGGUGUGUGGGGGGUAUUUUACACUUAUCCCUCGCCCACUCAUACAGUAUCUAUGUUGUGGGUAUCGAUUGGACAGUGGUAGGGGGUUUUCCGUGUCGCAGCCCGAUUUUAGCUCAUUGGGCCUCAAACAACUGCUUCUUUUUAACUCAUAAGUGGUGUUUUAUGCAUUAAAGCCUGUUCUGUUGCGUGUGAACAGACCCCUCCCCUCUCCUCCUGUCCAAUAAGCUCACAGGAGAGCCAUGUCCUGUGACCAAUGGAAUCACUGCUAAUGAGCACUUACCGUAGCAACUGUGGGAGGGCCAGUUCUCCCAUCGGCCGGACGGAGCCCCAUCCUGCUGCAGCCAUUGGAUGGAACUCCCUCGUCUGCUUAGAUUUGCUUGCACUGAGCAGCCCUGGUGGACGCUGAUUGGCUGAGUAGGAGGACAUGAACUGGAGCCUCGCUUACUGGGAGGUGAAUAUUUUGUUCCCACGGUGGAGGAGGUAUCACUUCUAACUUUCUGCACAUCUCUCCAUACCGGAAGGCUUUUUUUUUUUGUUUGUUUUUUUAAACCCCAGUAUUUAUGAAUCUAUGAUAAUGAAAAUUGUGCAUAUCUGUGUACAGUAUGUGUUAAUAGUGUGCCUAAAUGUACUGUCAACUCUAUUUUCAUAUUUUUCUUUAACCUUAAAAAAAAAACAAUCAGAAUGUCAUGAUCAUUUUACGCGACUGAAAAUGACUUUAGGGUGUUUUUUGCAUCAUGCUUAUCAAACUCUUCCUUGUGAGCAGUUGUGCUCCGAUCAGUAUAACACUAAUAAAAGGUAACUCAGACUAACUGACCCACAGUGUGUGUGCUGUCUUCCAUAUGUUUGUGGUUUGUAAAGAUUUGCAGGUUCUGUGUAGGUGCAAUGCUAAUGAAAACUGUACUGAUGUGGCUGAAGUUACAUUCAUGUCAAGCUAAAAGUGUAGGAAUUGUAGCCUUGUUGUUGUCAGACUGCACUGUCCAAAAAUGAGCUUACUAUGUAGUAAACACUAAGUCAUAGACCUUUUAACAGUAGUAUGGAUGCAGCUUCUAAGUACAGGGCCAAAACAUGGUCAUUUAAUAACUUUUUUGCAUGCACAAAAUAAAUUAAAUCUAACUCUCA